CCUCCACAACGACCGGCUAGCGCUGCAACUUUAGCCGUACGUGAAUUAAUCCCUCCUGAAUAUGGUGCUCUGGAGACCUCAGGCAGCCUGGAAGUCGGGUCAGUUGCGAUCGGCUCACCCUCUUCUCCUCUGGUUGCGACCAGCGUUUGCCAGGAAGCUGAAGAUACGAGGACUCACCUCAUCGUCUCAUCUUCGCCACUGGCCUCUUCCAAUGCAAACGUCGACACUGUUAACGUAUCUGUCACAGCCAGCUCAUCGGGAGCCUCUUGGAAUCCGGGAGGCCAUGCUGUCGGCCAUUCGGAUGUUUCACUUCCUACUCCGACAUCUUCAUCUGUGUCCUAUUGCAACUCUCUUUCGCCUCUUUGCGCCUCUGCGCCUGGUCUGGCUGCCUCAACUUCUGCAACUGAUUCUGCUCGCCCUCCCGCAUUGACAGGUGUACGCUCGACUGAACCCUACUUCCCUUAUAAGAACCACAUCUGUCCAACAAUACCCCAGCAGCCACCUCCUUUGGCAUCAACAUUACCUCCAGUUGUUCAUGCCGCAGCCACGGGACAGCCCUGGCAUGAGCUUGUUCUUUUGGUGCCCUCAUCCUGGCAGCCCAUUGCCGUCUCGACUGAUGGUCCAGUGACCAGUGCUUCAACACUUCGCGGCGAGCCUUUCGCUAAUCUCACUCAUUCUGUGGACUUCGGAUUACCUCCUAGCUACGCUCAGUCACCUGACGCCCCACCUUAUGGUAAAUGGCCUACAACAACAGCAGUUAGUUCGAUGACUGCAGCGAGAGAUCUGACUACAAUCGCCUCCCUCUCGACUACAGUCUCCAACUCGGUUAGCUCUGAGCCAACUCCUACUCCUACUCAAUGCCCAGCACCUCCAUUUCUCCCUAGUCCUGUUGAAGUCGAUUCAUCUGCCCCUCCUACCCUCGACAGUCCAAUAUUCACGCCCCCGAGGCCUCCACCGCGCUCCAUUGUCCAUGGGCAAUCAAAGAGGAAUGAGGCAAGCAUGAACUACGAGGCGACACCCGUCGGUUUCUCUUCUUCUGCAGAUUGCGUCACUCGAUCAUCUGGACUAAUUUCUUCCCCCAAAGCAAGUCUGCCCGAGGCUCUAGCGUCGACGGUCGUCGACGCGGUCAUCCCGAGCAGUGAUAAUGUUGGUGGCCUUUAUUACCGACCACGUGCCUCACUUUCCUCGACUGGACACUUAUAUACACCUCAUGGAAUCCUGACUCCACCUAAUCCUCAAGUCGUCAUUGCAUCAUCUCCUUGCACAGAACCAAAACUGACCAGGCCCGCAAUUUCUGGCGAGGUGGCAGCAAUGUCUCGCCACAUGGCCUCUCUAACUGGGCAAGUAUCAUCUAUUUCAAUAAAUGGAAAAACGGCAACACAGGCCGAGCCUCGGAGUCGCGCCCAUUCUCCACCACAAACGCUUGCCACAGAUUCUCAUCUGAAUGCGAUUGCCUCUUCUCCACCAUCCCCGCCACCACAUCAACACCGUCACCACCAUCAUCGCCACCGCGCCCAACAACAGCAUCAGACUCCGAAAAUCCAUCAAGAAAACUAUCGCCUUUCAGGGUAUUUUUCUGGCUGCGAGGAAAUCUCGGAGCUAGUAACUGGACAACCCAGGGGCCUGAUUCGAUCUCAAGCAUACUAUCCUGCUUCAUGCCAUUCAGAGAGCAUGAGUGCUGCAGCCGAAAUAAGUGCUGACACUUUGGAGGCAAAGCGGGCGCAUCAUUCGCACUAUCUCCAAUACCAUCAUCAGCACCAUCAGCACCACCCUCAUUCUCAACACCAUCAGUCUCAGGCUCAGCAUCAUCUUCAUCAGCAGAUGCAACCGAAUAUUCGCUAUCCUCAAACUCUGUCGCAUCAGUCUUCUGCCAAGUCCGAUGUAACCACGAUUAGCUCGGUACCGGUUCUCCCGCCUCACUCAUAUCCCCAUCAACCGGGUGGAGUAUUUGUUAACCCCUUCAAUCGUACUGUGCAACCCACUCUGGUCGAGGCCACAACAAUCAGUUCCAUGUGCACUACUAUUGAUCAGCAUGACAAUGCUGGGACUGAGGAUCGUGGGAGUAUCUCCGGUGUAAUUGGCCCUCUGCCUCGGGUUGGCAUACUGGAGUCGAAUUUUGCAUUGACACGUGGCAUGCCUAAUGACCCGGCCGGAUACCAGCAACAGCAGAAGCAAUUAACCCAACAAAUUGGCCAGUUCCAACAUUCACGCCUAGGACAUCAACACACUUUUGACGCCCCAGAAGCUAGCAGUUUCCUUUGA